AUGGGCGAGAACGGCGCAAAAAUGCUUCAGCAGAAGGUGACUGAACGAGCCCGCGAACAGAGAGCGGCACGCGACGCCUGAUUCAUCGUCAUCCAGAGACGGUACACUGGUACACAACCGGUCGUCAAAGGAACUGACGAAGAAGUAAUUGGAGGUUUUACGGCACGAAGCCCCAUUCGGCACAGCUGUUGCCAAAUCUGUUAACAUGAUUUCAGCAGUGGGAUGGGUUAUCAAUCAGACGAAAGCGACGGUGGAGACGAAAAACUUAGCCGACAUCGAGCUUCAUCCCUACCUAUGGCUCACAGGCCGGGCGGAAUACUCCCAAAUGUCGAACCCGACGUCCUAUGAUAACUCAAGGUCGGCAUGUAAAUUGUCAUCGUGUCCCCGGACAAGGGACGUUCCGCCGUCGAACUGGACAGUACAAACUACCUCCAGGAGGCCCAAAUAAUACUUGAGGAUCGCCAGUUUUAUGACCAAUGUGAAACCAACCCCGCAAAACGCUGACACGCGAAAGUAAUGCGACACUGUUGGCACUGGAGAACUCGGGUGCAAUAACACAUGGCAAGAGCCCAAGAAACGGCCUUAGCGUGAUUCUAUGGUGUCUUCAAGGUGCAUAAGGGGGAGGCUCCUCUCCGGCCCAUUGUAUUUCUCAAAAACAUUCAAGCAUACGGACUUGCAAACUGACUGUCUCGGCGUCUCAGUUUUCUGACCGCUGAUUCGGACACCACUGUCUGUAUGUCAACACAAUUCCUGCAGAAGCUUGAAGGAGUAAGUCUCUUGUCGCAUGAUAUCAAGUAGUUGCAGGCCAGUACGUCUGGAAGCGAUCUCCGCUAAGGUAGUUGACAUCGACGCAACGCAACUUUGAAGAAGGACGUCAGACAUGACCAUGAUGACUGUCGGCAACAGGGUCACCGGCGAAAUCGGAUUUGGAAGACAACCGAAAGUGCGUGUGCAUCUAUACUUCUAAUUAAUGUCUUUUCCUGAGGUAUUCACCAAUCUAAGCAGUCUCUUAGGAGAAAAGUACCCCCUAAAUAGUGUGUUGUUACACGUCUCGUCUGUGGAUAUCAGGAAAAACGUGGGUAGUAUUUUGGAAUAUGUAUGUAAUAUCUACGUAAUCCAUUUUGUAUUCCAGGAAAAACGGAGCAACGUCUUAAAACAUUGGAUUGCCUCAAAGUGUCCUGAUAUUCCACAAAAACUGAUGACGGAGGUCGAGCCUUGUACAUGGUUUACAGUAAAACGACGAAAUGAUAAUUUGGCUGAUGCCUACUUGAAUCCUUGUCCUAGUACACUGCGGUUUAGAUUCUUUCAUUAAUCACGCCAUCGCGAUAUUUCUGUUGAUAAAAAAUAUCCUCCAGUCAUCCUUCAUUGACCAGUUAUAUUGUAUCGCCUUAUGAAGUAUCACACUCGCAUCCGUUUAUUAACAGAUCAGUUAAGCUAAGAUGCAAAAGUACAACAUACUGAUGACUACUGCUAUCAAUUAGGGCAAAGAGGCUGACGUGAUCGCCGAGUUCAGGCCGAUAGAGUGGACGCACUUCGAAGCUUGCGAGUGCAAAUAAUACGUAAACCAUCCAACCUAUUUUCUGACCUGGUUUUGGUUGUUUUCUGAGACCGACUUGAUCAGAUGUUUGCGUGCACGAUCGGGGCAUUCACCAGUUUAACAAGAUAAACGUCUCUUUCUUGAAUGUCUCAUAUUGCGGGAUAACUGAGUUUUCCGUUUCAAGGAAAUCAGGAAUCAAUGGUCGAGGAAAAUUAAUGAAAACCCAGAUUUUUAUUGUUUCCAAGUUAUCAAACAGUACAUCACACAUCGCUGCGCCUCUCAAAGAAGACGAAUCCGUUGACAUCGCAACACAUGACAGACAAAGAGUCACGGGCGGAAUUCAAAGCCAAGUAAAAAAUGAAGCCCUUUGCACGUUCUCCAAGCGGGGAGCUUCCCAGUAGGCCUGGUAGGAAAUCGAGAAACUUUGAUUGCGUUAUUCGCUGAUAGCUACGUCUGCGAUUAAUUGCCAGCAUCUCCAGUGUCCCCUUGUCAGAUUUGAUGAUUGCAUGCCCCUUCCUAUUUUGCAUGGAUAUCGUCUGUAAUUUCCUGUAUUGCUCCGUGCUGUGUAUCUGCAGGAGAGUCAAGGAUAAAUUUACAUAUAGGGAAUUUGUUGUUUUACAGAUUAACUGGCAUAAACAGUGUGGAAAAGACAGUUGUGUUCUCAUUUGAUGGCAGAGAUCGCAGGUAAGUUUAUCUUCCCUUUUCUGGUGAAUCCUGCGCUUAGAAUGCACGUCUGUUUUUUAAACAAAACUUACAAGUAUAAAGAAAAGAAUCGAUAUUUAAUCACACAAAUUACCUGGUAAAUCACUUCCAAUUCCAUAUGAUAAAUAAUAAAAGAACAACUGUAGUUUACUGCACGCCAAUCGGUCUCGUUUGUGAUCUGUUUUGGUGUGCAGGAGCGGAUGUGAGAAAUAUCAAGUUUCCUCAUUUGCAGAUAAACUCGAUGCCUCGAAAACCAUAAAAGGACGUACGUCCGUCCUCGGUCAUCCAGAGUGUCAUUUAACCACUUUUGAAAUCCAAAAUCAUAAGGUCUCAGUGGCCUUUUUUCAGUGGAAUCAUUCGCUUUGAAGUAAUAUUUAAAAAAUGUUAUGCGUAAUGGCUCCGUCCAGGAAAAGAGAGCAUUCAAAAUCAAAUAUUCAAAAAGUCAAGUUGCCAAACACGUGUUUUCGGUAAUUCUUAUUCAGGCGAAAACAGUUACAGGAAGGAAUUAAAAUGUGCAAAAUCAACAGUGUUUAUAGGUGUCUCAAGGGCUAUUUAGUCAUUAACAAUCAUUAUCCCACGCCGCCGGCAUGAAACGGUCGGCGGGUGUUGGUCCUCAGAGCUAGGGAGAGGGGUGAGAGGGUCUUUGAGUGAUGUUCUUGGAUUGAGUACACGGAGUACCCAUCACUGUAAUCAGGGAUUUAGGACGGCAUCUCGUCAUCACUUGGGGCUGGCGUUGGCCGCGACAGGUAGAGCGCAUGUGUCAGGCUUUUCUGACAGCAUGCCACCGGCUAUACGGUUAGCGAAUCCGGCGUUAUGCUGUCAGCAAACCCUGACAGAAGCGCUCUCCCUGUCGCGGCCAACGCCAGCCCUAAGUGAUGACGACAUGCCCCCACAAAUCCCUGAUUACAGUGAUGGGUACUCCGUGUAAAUAAUCCAAGAACAUCACUCAAAGCCUCUCUCCCCCCCCCCCAAGCUCUGAGGACCGAAACCCGCCGACAGUUUCAUGCGUGCGGCGUGGGAAUAAUGAGUGUAAAUGAUUUAAUAGACCUGGAGACACCUAUAAACACUUCAGAAGACAAAGAUGCGAUCACUGGAACAAGAAAUGUAUUGGCCUGGUGUCUCGGAUUCUCACACGGAUCCAUCAUCAGAGACAUUCGCAGAAAAAGAUGAUGUCGGCACAAGGAGUGGAGUCUUUAUAGCACGUGGCUGCCGUGGGACCAUAUGCGCGCUGUAAUUAACAAUACCGCUGGGGUCGUAAUUGAUGCGGUGGUGGCUUGUCAUUCCGAGUCCGAGUCGUUAAUUGCCGCGAUUUGGUCAUCCGUGCUGGAUGCUGGCGCGACGAUUGUUCGGCAAAAUGGCUCACUGUCACUGGAUUAAUUGCUAUCCCGCGCCCUCCCCACGUGAUUGAUUCCCCUGCCCAGGGAACAUCUCAGCACGGCCCUAGCCCGGUUCCACAGUCUCCCAAAAGUGCACAAAGAGGGCGCUCCUCUCCGGCUUAUCGUAUCACUAAAGGGCACUCCAGCAUACGGACUGGCAAAGUGGCUGUUCCAAAGUCUCAAGUUUCUGACCUCCGAUUCGAACACCACAGUCAGCUCGUCAACGAAAUUCUUGAAGAAACUUAAAAGAGUAAGUCUCCUACCAAGCGAUAUCCUGGUUCCUUUGAUGUCACGUCCCUUUUUACUUCUAUCCCGCAGGACCUGGCAGUCGAGAACAUCGAAAUACUCCUACGACAGAAAUACCACAAAACGGAGAAUCGCCUCGGACACGCCCAAAUCAUCCAGCUCCUGAAGUUCUGUCUCAAGACGUACUUUACGUUCGACGGAACAAUCUACGAGCAGGUGAAGGGAACGCCAAUGGCUUCGCCGAUUUCGGGACUCAUAGCCGAGGCGGUCCUUCAACGGCUGGAGUCGCUGGUUUUCCGACACCACAGACUGAAAUUUUGGACUCGGUAUGUGGAUGACACCUUCGUCGUCAUCGAACGGGAUCAGGUGCUGACUUUCAAAGAACAACUCAACGCCGUCUUCCCGGGCAUUCAGUUUACGAUGGAGGAGGAGAAGAAUAACCAGCUGGCCUUACUGGAUGUACUCGUCUGCCGCAAAGAAUGUGGUGGCCUAAAUACCAAAAUGUUCAGGAAAGCGACAAAUACGAUGCAAGUACUGAACUUCAACAGCAACCACCCAAUCAGUCACAAACGCAAUUGUGUAAGGACGCUCUAUCGGCGUGUCGAACCGCACUGCAGUGAACCGGAAGACAAGAUUGCCGAAUUACAAUACCUCCGACGGGUCUAA